AUCAUGGAUUCAGUUAUGCAGUGAUGUUUCUGUGCGCAUCUUUAUGAAUGGAAUUACACUAGAGAUGAUACAUUCUCCACAGGGAUCGUGGGGAUGAGCCUCUGGUGAGGGGUUAAAUCGUAUCUUCCCAUCAAGUGACACUUUUUAACACAAAGCUCCAUCACUUCCAUGUCGACUAAUCCGCUGGGCUCAGAGGAGAAACGCAGAUCCUGAUUUUCCUUCAGAGACCUGGACUGGCUGCACGGAUCAGACCUGUUGUGAAACUUCUCUUCAACCUGAGGUGCUCCAGGGGUCCGAUCUCCCCCCGAGAGGGGCAACAGAGGCAGACAUCGAUGAUAAAAGCAAGCUGAUUGAUUUGCCAAAGGGGUUGAGCGACAGUCGGAGGAAGUGUGUCAGAGAUGGGGCGUAAGCUGGAUCUGUCAGGGCUCUCUGACAAUGAGGCGGAGCACGUGCUGCAGGUGGUGCAGAGAGACAUGAAGCUACGCAAGAAAGAGGAGGAGCGACUCAGUGAACUGAAGCAGGAGCUGGAUGAGGAGGGCAGUCGCUGCCUCCUGCUGUCACGGCAGGGUUUCUUCAACCAACGCUGCUGCAUCCGCUGCUGCUCGCCCUUCACCUUCCUGCUCAACCCCAAGCGCAAGUGCAACGACUGCAAGUACAACAUAUGCAAGGCCUGCCGGGUCUACUGCAAGCGGGAGAAAGCCUGGCUCUGCACCUCCUGUGAGAAGAGCAGGUUACUGAAGACACAGAAUCUGGAGUGGUUCUACACUAAUGUGAAAUCACGCUUCAAGAGGUUCGGCAGUGCCAAAGUCCUGAAGACCCUUUACAGGAAGCACCUGGUGGAGCACAGCACACUUUCAGAGCUUACAGACGGUAGCGCCUACGAGGAGAGUAUCUGCAAUGAGGGCAGCAUCUGUGGGAGCGACUCAGCCUUCUACAGACAAAGUGAAGAGCACAGCAUGGAAGAGACACUCACUGUGGCCUUGCGGGUGGCAGAGGAGGCCAUAGAUGAAGCCAUCGCCAAGGCUGAGUUUGACACUUCCAGUCAGGAGAAGCAGAAUGAGGCACACUAUCUGCGUGAACACAAAGGAGAGCUCGUUGAGGAACUGGCCAAAACUAUUGUGCAAAAAAUUAUUAGUAGGAGGAAGACUUUGGCUGACAUGAGGGCAGAAUAUGUCCGGGACUGGCCAGUUGAACACAACACUGACCUCCAUCAUCAUCAUCAUCUUCAUCAUUCUGCCAGUGAUCGUGCCACCAGCUCCAUCAAACAGCAACCAGGCCUCUUUAGGUCUCACUCAGCUUUCUCACUGCUGGACAACGACUCUCCAAGGCUGAUCCAAGACCAAAAGGCAUCCAUAAAGGAAGGUGGUGGGCCGGCUAUGACAGCUUGGAAGAGUGUAGACCGGCUAGAUAACGCAGGCAUCUCCGCAGUUCUCCACAGCAUGGAUGGGAACUGGAUCGCCCUGCAGAGCGCCCAGCUGUCGCGUCCCAGCCUGCUGACCCAGAGGAAGAGCCAGGUCUACAGCGCUUUGGAGAGGGAGUCCGUAGUGGUGUCCGCCUACGAAGGAAUGGGCUCUGACAACGACAUCAAACACGAGUCUGACGGCUCUUUGGGUGCUGCCCUCCAAGAGAUCCACAAGAAGAUGGUGGACUCUAACAUCAACCUGCAGGUCACCUGCGACAGGAUGCUGUCCCCGCUGAUGAACCGACGAGGCAGCGGAGACAAGAUCCUGUCCCCCAUGAUGGGCUGCAGAGGCAGCAGAGACAGCAUGCUCUCUGACUCUGAGGGAAACUGGAAGCCAAACAAGCCUCUGCUGGGUGUGAUCAAGAUGAAGGUGCCUGCUGAGAUCAGAAGACCUCCUUCCCGCAGGACCAGCAUCAUUGAUAUAAACUUCAAUGUGGAGGUAACGAGACAGGAAGAGAACAUGGGGGCUGCAGAGCUGGAAGCCAGAAGAGUGGAGAUAUCUCAGAAGAAAAUGAAAAAUGAAAAAGAGUCUUCUGCUCUGGAGAACAGCAAAACGGAUGACCAUCAGUCUGAGACUGUGACGCCUGACACUCUGUCAUCUGGAGGUAUGACAUCCCCUGAACUACUGGUACUAGAGAAUGACAUCACAGGACAAGUAGCCAAUCAGAUGGACCAAGAGCUCACAUCCAAACUCGAAGAGCUAGCCGGCCAAGUUGAUGACUCAGCUUCUGGAGAAGAAAAAGAAGCAGCUGAUGGAGUGAGAGAUGCUGUCAAUGAUGGGCAACGGGAGAAAAAAGACGAUGGAAAAGAGGACAGAGACAAAGAAGACGAGCAGCCACAGAGGAUGGAGAUUGAGUCAGAUGAAGGAAGGACGGAUGAUGAAGAGAAAGAGGAAGAGGAAGGGAAUGAAGAAGAUGAAGAGGAGAGAAAUUACAGAUUAAACAAGCUCAUCACUCAGUCCAGACUCAAGUACUUCUCAUCCACUGAUGACGAGUUAGACAAAGUUGGCAAGAGUGAGGAAGAAAAUGAAGGGGAGGGAGAUAAGGAUGAAGAUAUGGAGGAGGAACAUAAAGAGGCGAGGGAGGAAAAUGCAAAUGGAUUUACGUUUAAACUCUGUCAGCUGGAGAAAGAAGUCCGGGCUAACCAGUUCUCCUCCACAGAGGACGAGAUGGACAGAGUUGGCAUUGAAGAGAAGACAGGAGAGGAGGAGGACAGCGGGGAGAACGUGGAGCUGGCGGUUAAAGUGUGCAGAUUAGCCUACCAAACAAAUGCCAACCAGUUUUCCUCCACGGAGGACGAGCUAGACAGUGUAGGCCUUGUGGACGAAGACGUGAAGACAGGAGAGGAGGAGGAGGGGAAGAAAGAAGAGCUGGCAUUGAAAGUGUGCAGAUUAGCCCACCAAGUCAACGCUAGCCAGUUUUCAUCUACGGAGGACGAGCUAGACCGAGUAGGCAGAGGUGAAGAGGAGGAGGAGGGGAUGGACGAGGAGGCACUGUGGAAACUGCAGGCAGAGAAGGCCGUCCAGGCCGCUCAACGCCGUGAUUUAGCCAGUCUAGUUGGUGCUUCUGAGUAUUCCUCUACUGAGGAUAAUCUGGAUAAAGUUGGAGAACCAGAGCAGGAGGUAAAUGCAGUGAGUCAAAGCAAUGCGUGGGAGACCGCAGAGGGGAAUCAUCAAGACAAAGAGGAGUCCUUUGAGGAUUUGGAUGUGAAUAUGUUUGAUUUAAAGGAUGAAAUUGAGGGGGUAAAAAAGGAAAGCAAUGACGAGCAAGUUGCAUCAGAUAAUGUAUCAGCAGAAGAAAAGAGAACAGAGGGAGCAGGAGAGGCGGUGGAGGUUUUAAAAGACACUGAAAAGGCAGAGAAGACUGAGAAGGGCCGAGAGAUGGAAAUAAAAACUGUAGUAGAGGGCAAGAAAAUGGAGGAGAUGGCUCAGAGUGGACAAGUGACUCAGCCAGAGGCAAAGAAACAGGAAGACGAUAAAAUGGAAGAAAGCAACAGCAGUCAGGCGAGUUGGGAGACAGCUGAUGAAGAACGCAGCGAGGAAUACGCAGAGUUUGAUAGGAUUAUCAGCAGCAUGUUGAUGAUGACUUUGGAGGACAUGCAGGUUCCGACAGUUAAGGAUGAAGGGGCUGAAAAUGGAGAGAUAGUUGAAGAGCUAGAGCAAGUAGAGGUGAAAGAGGAAGGGAAAGUAGAGGGAGAAAGUGGAUCCAUACAAGUGGAGAUGGGAGAAGAAGCAGCAUCAGGGAAAGACAGUGAAAUGGAGCAUGUAGAGGUGAAAGAGGAGGUCAAAAUAGUGUCAGAAGGUGGGGCUAAGCAUGUCGAGGUGGUUGUGGAAGUGCACGUUGGGGGAGAAAGCGAAUCGGAGCCCAUGGAGGUGGUUGAUGAAGUCAAAGUCAAGGAAGAAAGUGAAGUAAAUCAUGAAGAGGUGGUUGAAGAAGUAAAACAAGGGGGGGAAAGUGAAGUAAAGCCUGUGGAGGUGAAAGAGAAAGUCAAACAAGGGGGAGAUCAUGAAUUGAAACAUGUAGAGGUGGUCGAGGAAGUAAAACAAGGUAGAGAAAGUGAACUAGAGCCUGUAAAGACGGUAGAGGAGGUCAAACAACAGGGAGAAAGUGAAGUGAAGCCUGUAAAUGUGGUAGAGAAAGUGAAACAGCAGUUAGAAAGUGAACUCAAGCUUUUUAAGCUGGUAGAGAAAGUAAAACAACAGGCAGAAAGUGAACUAAAGAAAGUUGAAGUCAUAGAGAAAGUAAAACAACAGAGAGAAAGUGAACUAAAGAAGGUUGAGGUCAUAGAGAAAGUAAAGCAACAGAGAGAAAGUGAAUCAAAGCCUGUAGUGUUGGUAGAGAAAGUAAAACCAGAGGUAGAUGGUGAACUAAAGAAGGUUGAGGUCAUAGAGAAAGUCAAACAACAGAGAGAAAGUGAAUCGAAGCCUGUAGUGUUGGUAGAGAAAGUAAAACCAGAGGUAGAUGGUGAACUCAAGAAGGUUGAGGUGGUAGAGAAAGUGAACGUAGAGGCAGAAAGUGAAUUUAAGCAGGUAGGAGUUGCUGAAAAAGUAAAACUAUGGGGUGAAAGUGGAUUUAAGCAUGUAGAGGUGAUUGAGAAAGUUAAACUAGGAAGAGAAAGUGAACCAAAGCACGUAGAUGUGAUUGAGAAAGUAAAAGUCAAGGCUGAAAAUGAAGUUCAGGACCAGACACAAAGCACAAACGAAACAAAGAAGAUGGAAAGUAAAAAAGAAAUGCAAAGACCCAGUGAAAAUGUAAGACCAGAUGUAAAGGAGAAAAAAGAGAAGAGUGAAUAUGCUGCUGGCAAUAAUGAAAACCAGCUUAAGAAAAAAGAUCCACAAGUGUUAACGUCCCCAGCAAAGAAGUCAACAGUCAUGUCCAUCAAAGAGAUGUUGGAGACUUUUGAGGCCAAGCAGCUCUGUAAAAGAAUAGGACUGCAUGAUGACAGACAAGAGGACAGAGGGGGAAAGGUCUCAGCUGUGCGACAGAUGAUGGAGGCACACGGUGAUAUUGCAGAAGCUAAGGAGAAGAUGAAGGAAACUGAAGGAAAGAAAGCAUACAAUAAAGCACAGAGCCGGAGGUCUUCUCUGGAUGAUUUACAGACGCCAGAGGAGAUUCAGAUGAGAUACUCUGCUGUGCAGCUGAGGAACAUCACCACCGAGGUCCUGAAGGUGUUAAACACCACUGAAGAACUCCUGCAGGGAGUAAAAGGAGGAGAAAAGAGCAAGUCUCCCAUCCCCUCACUGCCCCCCAACACUGACCCCAAGAAACUGGACCAACAGUUCUCCAAACUGGAAGAGAAUGUGUAUGUGGCAGCAGGUUCACUUUACAGUCUGGAGGCGGAGCUUGGUGACCUGGAGGAGUGUGCCAGAAGCAUCAGUGGGAAGACGUCCGACAUGGAGCUGUCCUUCCUGGAGGAGCAGGUCGCCACCGCAGCAGCCAAAGUUCAACAGUCUGAUCUACAGAUUUGUGACAUCUCAGCCAGAAUUGCUGCUUUGAAAAAUGCCGGUCUCAACGUGGACACACAGUCACGGCCCCCUAAGGCCAGGACCAUCCCAGUGAUGCCUGUCACCCUGGACUCAUCCAGACAGCAAAGGAGGAGGCUACCUGCACCACCUGUGAAGGAUAAGGAAACCUAAAUCCUGGACCACAGAUCGUCAAAGAACCUCCAACACGUGCCUUGACCCUGUCAUUCUGUGGACUACAGGCCAGUCUAAAGUGAUCCAUUUUAAACCCUUUUGCCUUAAUGUAAAACUUGACAUCUGGAAUUACACAGGACACUACCACUCUAGGUGUAUUUGGUUUAGCAGUUGUGUAUGUUACAUACAUGAUAGAGCAGGAAACUUUGAUUCUUCUGUUAUUUAAUCAAAGUGUUUGUAGAUAUACAAAUUUAUUUUCAAAAUGAUCACUGAGCAGUUUUAGAAAUGUAUAAUCAUUGAUCAGUUUGGCUUAAGCUUCUCAAAAUUAAGAACAAAUUAAAUCAGUAACAUUUUAGGUUUUAAGCAUUUUUUUAAUAGAAAAGUGAGAUGAAUUUUUAACAUUAUACCACCAGUGUACUAUUAAUCAUGGUAAAUGUUCUGAUUUAAUAUUUUGAUAGACCUCAUCUUAACAACAAAAGUAACUCUGUUUGAUAAAUAAUAUUCUAUAAUUGUUACUUUAAGACACUAAUGAUCAGCAGCACAGCUACUGGAAGAAACACAAAUGACCGUUUGUACAUCAUAUGUUAAAAACAUGUGCGUGAAACAAUCUAAGUUUAUUAGAGAAAUGUUGGGAGUCUGUAUCAUGUCUUAAAUAAAUAGUAUUUUUCCAUGA